AUGCCACCUCCCCGGGGCCUGGCACUAGUAGCAGUCGCGUGCACAGAUGGCACGUCUGUCUUGCGGGAAGCGACCCAGAGGUGCAGCUGUGAAGAGCUUCCUGGUCUUGUGCUUCCAGGGGCUCGUCCUGCUGAGCGCCUGCUCUCCCGAGGGCGUCUUUCUCCCGUCCGGACAGGGGGCCUUGGUCUGACGGGAGAGAAGAGGGGCAAGGCGGGGACUGCAGCAGGUAGCGUAAGCGUGCUGCCGCCAAUAGAGGGGACCCGUGCAGAGAAACGCAAGGAAGCCAGAGCGACGGACCGUCCUCAAGUCUGGCUGCCUCCUCUGGACAGUCGGCUGGGAGCAGCAGAGGCCAAGAGUCAGUCCGAAAUACUCCAAGUGAAGUGGCCUGACUUGAGGGUGCGCUUGCCCUGGCCCAAAAGUAGCACGCAGGAGAGGGCCGAAGUACAGGCAGGACAGGAGGAAGUCAUCUCCUGGGCCAAAAGGGAUGGGGAGGAGAUUUCUUACUGCCAUCCCCGGGCAGAGAAGGGGAAGAUACCGGCCCCUCCGCUGGAGACGCCACAGCCAGACAUCAGGUCACCACGAGCAAGGCAGGUCUUGGCAAAACUGGAGCGGUACAGAUCCCGCCAGCAGGUGUGGAAGAGGAAGACAGAGCUCAACCGGCUGCAGGCAACAGUCCCGAAGGAGGUCCACUGCAUGGUGAAGAAGAUGGAGCUGCACGGCCUCAGAGAAAAGCACGAGGCCGGUGCGACAGCAUACGGGACGUGUGCGCAGUACGGCCACGUCGCACCACGCAGACCUGCAGCCCGGCGUUGAGGAGCAGAGCCUGAGGGGCCCAGCAAGCCCCAAGCUUGUCCAUCGUGUCAGACUCGAGCGAAUGCGUGUUGGUGCUGGAGCUCCCGCUCUUGCUGCCAGCGCUGCCUGCUCUGCAGCAGCAGAGCCCUCAGCAGAGUGGGACCUUUCCAAACAUUGCAUUCCUCCUGGAGAUGCCAAAUAAAGACGCCAGGGUCACCAAGCCCUGCCUGGAAGGACA